UGUCAGAUUUUUUUUGUUAUGAUUCGACAAAAUAAAAAGUUGAAAACAAAGUUUGCUCGAAAUGGUACUUUUCCAGUGAAAUUCGACACGAAAUCUUUUAAAACCUUGUUCAUAACGUACGGCAGAUUACUCGCGAUCAAUCGGUGAACAUCGUCACAUCAAAACAUGGCACUGCCACCGGAUGAGCUGCGAAAGCGGAUUCCCCAGUGGUCACUCGAGUCGGACGGUCAGCUGCUGCAGUACAUGGUGCAAAUUUCGAAGAACCUGGAGCAAAAGUGCAAGCAAACGCAGGACAACCUUGGCACCCUUCUGCUCCAGCUCGACGAAACGCACAUCCGGUUCGCGAACGCCUCCAACACCUUCAACGGCGUGCAGCAGGUAAAGUUCGUCGAGAACCGCGUCAAAGACGACGACGAGAGCUUUUACUCGGUACGGGAGGAGGUCGAAGAGCCGGGCGAGCGACUCCCGCACGCGGACGUCUUUCAGAUGGCGGUUGAGCAGUCGAUCGCCAACAUGUACAAGUGCUUCGAGAAGGUGACCGUUGAGCUGGGCAGCGACAGUGACAGUGAGGAUGAGGACGAGGAGGCUGCUGCGGUGCGGAAUACGGUGCUGCGGGCGGUUCAGAAGUAUCCGUAUAUACGGCGACCGUUGCCACAUAUAAUUGGGUCGCGGGAGUGGCGGGAGAAGUGGCACGCCGGGUUGAUCGAUUCGGAGGAGGAGGAGGACGGGGAUGAUGGUAAGGAGCAGUACUCGGACUCGAGCGAAGAUACGGACGAUACGGGGAUGUUUGCGUCGCAGGCGACCAGUAAUCACACGCCGUCGGAGUCGGAGGGUUCGGUUUGGGGGGUGCACGCAGAUCCGCGAAGAAAACGGGCUCCGUCGGUUGAUCCGAGCGUGUCUGGGGAUGACACGAUGUCGGUUCACUCGGCCACGUCCAGCGUACGGCGACCGCAAAUGCCUCAAGCCAAGGUGCCUGUUCUUCCAGCAGCGGUGGCUGCAUUCCGACCUCCAUCGUUGUUCCCAGAGCAACCACCGCCGGACGAUACGUACAGUGUGUCGUCGCGGACGAAGGUGGCAAACCUGUUCGAGGAGUCGGACGAGGAAGAGUCGACGCCAACGCAUCAACCGGUCGCGCCACCGGUAUCUUCCUUCUUCAGGGGGAAUGCGCAACAGCAGCAGCAGCAGGCUCGAAAGACGGUUAAUCUGUUUGAGGACGAACCGCCUCCGGCGGAUCCGGGCGUAACCCCGUCCACCAGCCAACCUGCGGUGAAAAAACCGGUGAAUCUGUUCAUCGAGAGCGACGACGACGGUGGGAACGAUGAUUCGUUCAACAACAACUUCAAUCGCAGCGAACCAACGCCCAAAAAGCUUGACGAUGCGCUGAACAACAACGACGACGAAGACGAUCUGUUCGUUCCGGUGAAGCAGUCCGUCAACGGCGCGACACGUCGAAUCGCAAACCUGUUCGAUGACGAACCGCCGCUGGAUGACUUCGAUGAAAUUUUCAAACCCAAAGGCGAUCGGAAGAAGCCGGUGGCUGGUGGGAAGUUGGUGCUGCCACCAAUUGGAGUCAAGUCGACUCCUGCGGCAAGUCCGGUGAAGAAGGAGGAACCUGUGGCGGCGAAGCCGCCGAUUGAGGUCAGCACUCCGAAAAAAGGCGUUAAUCUGUUUGACGAAGAGGACGACGAGGAGAUGUUUAAGCCCUCGGAGUCUACGACGCCUUCCAAGCCUAAAGUGAAUCUGUUUGACGAUGUAGACAGUGGCGAUGAGGUGCCUCCGGUGGUGGUUUCAAGCAGCACUAGCAAACCGACGGGACAAGCGAGCAUUCGGGCGGAGAUCCUCAAGAAAAAGUCAAUUUUUGAUUCGGACAGCGACGAAGAAGUCGACGAGGAAGCGCUGUUUGGUUCCGCCGUGGAGAAAGCGAAAGAACCGGAACCACUGCCGAGGACGGUUGAGCCUCCGGCGGUUGCUCCUAGUAAGGUCGAAACUCCAGUUGUAGAGGUUUCUCCAGUAAGAGAAAAACCUCCCAUUCCGGACGAACCUCCCGAGGAAGAAGAACCGUGGGACGUUCCUCCGGACGAUGAAUUUCCACACGUUUCCAACGAUAUCGACUACUUCUUGACAACGAACACGAUUUCCGGUGGCGCGGAGAAAAAGCUAGAAGAGCCAUUGAAAGUUGAAGGACCACCGCAAAUCGAGACUGUUGCUGAACGUCCUGCGAAUCUCCCCGUCCCCGAACCGAAAAGUGCCUUAAGCUUCAACUCCAUCGGACUGUUUGACGACGUGCCUCCGCCGGAUGACGACGAGUUCGACGAGGUUCGUCCUGGCCAGCAGCAGCCGGCAACUGGCGGCGAUCCCGCCGAAGACAUUUUCGGAUCUCGACCAAACAGCGGUAACGCCGCCAACGCAAAGCCCAACCACCGCUAUCUGUUCAUGGACGACGACGGACCACCGCCGGACGAUCGGGACGAAGUCGACGAACGCAAGCAGGAGCCGACGCCGCCGGUUUCGACGAAAAUUUCCGCCAUCAUUGGCGAGAUGCGACAGAAGGGGGAAGUUGAGGAAGUUCGCGAAAAGCCUAAGAUCAACCGGCUGAGCGCCAAAGUUAACAUCAACGUGAACGCUCUGCUGCCGGGAGCGCGAAGACCGGCGGCUGCUCCGGCAGUGGCGGACGAACCGGAUGUUCCUGAGGUGAAACCUCCGCAGGCGGACCCGGAGCUUGGAACGGGAAAGUUGACCCAGUUGAACAAGGGUAGGGCGAAGAUUCAAACCAAACGGAAACCGCCCUCGCGGCAAACUCGGCGAGCCAACUACGAAAGCAGUUUGAAACAGGACGUUCCCGCUGAAGAAUCUUCCAAGGAGACUCGCGUGGUUGUUGGUUCCGAGGUGAAGCCCCAGCACGUAGAAGUGACCGCAGCCCACUUACAGAUCCCGAACCAACUGCUGGCCAGUGAACUGUCGAUGAAACUCGCUCAACCGAAACUCUUUGAGGACGAAGACCUCGAGGAAAGCAAGCUGCUUCCAGCAGCACUAGAACCAAAGAAGCCCGCCGUGGCGGUCGCAACUCCGAAAGCCUCCUCCAAACUGUUUAGCGACGACGAGACGGACGACGACGACCUGUUUGUCAAGCUGGCCAAAACUGCGCCCGCGAAUCCUCCACCACCGAAGCAGGUCGCGCAGAUUCCUGCUCCACCCAAACCAACGCCAUCAACCGUCCCCCCCAAGCAGUCCAUUUUCGACGAGUCCGACGACGACGAUGACCUGUUCUCGAGCAGCAAACCUGCUGUUGCGAGAGUGGCGCCUGUUGCAACUUCAACGCAGCCCACCAAACCGAAACCACCGAGCGAAAAGAAGGUCAAGAGCAUAUUCAGCUCGGACGAGGACAGCGACGACAUUUUCGGCAGUUCGAAAAAGCAGGCGCUUCCCCCUCCCAAAGCUGUCGACAAGAAAACGGCUACAAAAAGCUUGUUCGGCACCUCGGACGGUGACGAUGACGACGAGGAUGACCUGUUUGGGACGAAGAGUAAAUCUGCACCGAAACCGACCUCGUCCCAACCGAAAAAACAGGACAAGCCCGCCAUCCUUUCGGCAACGUCGGCACCUGCGUCCGAUGACCCACUGGCGGAUCUGCUGCGAUCGUGAAACCCCUCUUCCGCUUUGGAAUCGAACAAGAAAUCGAACAAAUUAAACUUUAAGUUUGCGAAGUAGAAUCAUCAGAAAAUUUGCAUGCCCCUCCGUAGCAGAUCAAAUUGAGUAUCGCUUGAGAAAAAAAAAGUCUAGUCAAAAUUGGUUGGCGGUUGCCACGUCGCGAGGAUUUCGGGUUUAAAUACAUAUAUUGUUUGAAGCAUUCCGGUAAGCUUAAGUGCACGCUCAGCUAUUACGAGAAAAUGUGUGUUGAUGA